UCACGCACCAGGUGGACUAUCAUUGUCUUUAAUCUAUGGAUUUAAAAAUUUCCGCACGAUUAAAGAGCGUCUCGAAAAUUAACUUUUAUAGGUAGGAGGAGAUAGAAAUCGAAUCUUAUCGCCGCGUUAAUAUGCCACCGGCCGGAGAACUCCGACAUCAAUCUCCAUCAAAGGAGAAACUAUCUUCCGUUACCCAAUCCGAUGAAGCAGAAGCAGCGUCAGCAGCGAUAUCUGCGGCAGCUGCAGAUGCGGAAGCUGCCGGAUUAUGGACACAGAUCAAGGCGGAAGCUCGCCGUGAUGCUGAGGCGGAGCCAGCUUUAGCUAGCUAUCUAUAUUCGACGAUUCUUUCUCAUUCGUCUCUUGAACGAUCUAUCUCGUUUCAUCUAGGAAACAAGCUUUGUUCCUCAACGCUUUUAUCCACACUUUUAUACGAUCUGUUCUUAAACACUUUUUCCUCCGAUCCUUCUCUUCGUAACGCCACCGUCGCAGAUCUACGCGCUGCUCGUGUUCGUGAUCCUGCUUGUAUCUCGUUCUCUCAUUGUCUCCUCAAUUACAAAGGCUUCUUAGCUAUUCAGGCGCAUCGUGUAUCACACAAGCUAUGGACACAAUCACGGAAGCCAUUAGCAUUAGCUCUACACUCAAGAAUCUCCGAUGUAUUCGCUGUUGAUAUCCAUCCAGCAGCGAAGAUCGGAAAAGGGAUACUUCUAGACCACGCAACCGGAGUUGUAGUCGGAGAAACAGCGGUGAUUGGGAACAAUGUUUCAAUCCUUCACCAUGUGACACUAGGUGGAACAGGUAAAGCUUGUGGAGAUAGACAUCCGAAGAUCGGUGACGGUUGUUUGAUUGGAGCUGGAGCGACUAUUCUUGGAAAUGUGAAGAUUGGUGCAGGUGCUAAAGUAGGAGCUGGUUCUGUUGUGCUGAUUGACGUGCCUUGUCGAGGUACUGCGGUUGGGAAUCCGGCGAGACUUGUCGGAGGGAAAGAGAAGCCAACGAUUCAUGAUGAGGAAUGUCCUGGAGAAUCGAUGGAUCAUACUUCAUUCAUCUCGGAAUGGUCAGAUUACAUCAUAUAAAGUUGUUGUUAUAAUUGUUUCUGUGGUUUUGAAAGUGAAAAACUUUCUGACCAUUCGCUUAUAGAGAGGUGCUGAGGUAAGUGAGCUUUGUUGUAUUUGUAAUUUACAAAACAUCUUACGAUGUUCAAUACAAGAAAUGGCCUUAAUUUGAUGUUAUUAUUCAAUCAUUAGUUAUCCAAGAGUUUAUACACUUCUUCUACUUUGUAUUCGGGUUUGGCUCGGAUUUACACUUGUCUGCAUCCAUUUUACGGGCUUGACAAACAUCGAGG